AAUAAACCUUCCUUCUAACUCCAGUGAAUUACGUCCCCUUUAGCUUCUCUUCGCCUAGCAAGCUAAAAUCUCUCAUCCCACAGGAGUCAGGAGUCGAAGUAGACAGAAUAGUGAGACCAGUUGUCAGAGUCAGCGUCUUUUGGAAGCUUUCUUGGGCUGCAUUUGAAGGUUGUUGGAUCUCAAUGGCAGCUGUUCCUGCUGAAGGCCAAGUUCCUUGGUCCAAUAACAAGGAUGACUAUGAACUCCUGGCUGUUAUAGGUGCUGGUGCCACUGCUGCAGUCCAAGCUGCCAUUUGCAAACCCCGCAAUGAGAAAUGUGCCAUCAAGCGGAUCAACCUGGAGAAAUGCAAUACGACUGUGGAGGAACUACUGAAAGAGAUCCGGGCCAUGAGUCAGUGCAAACAUGAGAAUGUUGUCUGUUACCACACGUCAUUUGUUGUGAAGGAAGAGCUCUGGGUCGUGAUGAAACUGUGUGGAGGUGGUUCUAUGUUGGAUAUCAUCAAGAUGAGGUUGCGUAUGGGAAAUGGGAAAAAUGGCGUCCUGGAUGAGGCUUGCAUUGCUACUGUGUUAAAGGAGGUCUUGAAAGGGCUCGAGUACUUCCAUGCGAGUGGACAGAUUCACCGAGACAUCAAGGCUGGCAAUAUCCUCAUUGGGGAAGAUGGAUCCGUGUUUGUUGCUGAUUUUGGUGUGAGUGCGUGGCUUGCCACUGGGAAAGACCUCACCCGAGACUCUGUUCGCCACACGUUUGUCGGGACACCGUGCUGGAUGGCCCCGGAGGUCAUGGAACAGGUGACUGGUUAUGACUUCAAGGCUGACAUUUGGAGCUUUGGCAUCACAGCUAUUGAAUUGGCGACCGGAACUGCACCGUAUCAUAAGUUCCCACCAAUGAAGGUGCUGAUGCUGACGUUACAAAACGAGCCGCCCACUCUGGACACGAAUGCAGAGGACAAGGAUCAGUACAAGGCUUACAGCAGGAUAUUCCGCAGGAUGAUCAGCGAAUGUCUGAAAAAGGAUCCAGAAAAGAGACCAACAUCUAAACAGCUUUUGAAACACGAAUUCUUUAGGAAAGCUAAGGACAAGGCUUACCUCCAAAAGGUUCUUUUGUCAGAUGGACCUACUGUGAGAGGGCAGAAGGUGAAACGUGUCCCGGGGUCUAGCGGGCGACUCCACAAAACGGAAGACGGAGGAUGGGAGUGGUCGGAUGAUGAGUUCGACGUCACCUCUGAGGAAGGAAAGUUGGUGAUGGAAGCCGAAAGGUCUCCAAGGGUCAAAUUGUCUCCUGAUCAAGUCCCGGAGCUGCCUCUACCUGUCCCGUCCGCCUCCACUGCCCCCCCUGUGGCUGAACCGGAAGAAAAGGUUCCCUCGGGGGAAACGGCUGCACCGAGUGACCCUGCUGUGCCAGCCCCGGUGGUGGAUGAGAAGUCCAAGAACAUGGUGUUGCGUCUCAGAAAUGACAAGCGAGAACUCAAUGACAUUCGGUUUGACUUCAAGCCAGGACAAGAUACAUCUGACAGUGUAUCCAGAGAACUGGUGGAGGCAGGCUUGGUGGACGGGAGAGACAUGAUUGUGGUUGCUGCCAAUCUACAAAAGAUGGUGGACAAGGCAGAUUUGAACAGCUUAACAUUUGCUCUGAAUUCCGGCUGUGGUCCCAACGAAGCCCCUGAUGACAAAGCUUUAAUAGGCUUUGCUCAACUCACUAUCAGUGAUUCCUAGUUGAAAACCCUUGUGGUAGUGAUACUGUUCUUUAUGAAAUAACAUAAUAGAAUUUACAUAAACUUUAUAUUAUAUUUAUGUAUGUGUAUAUAUGUAUACAUUCUCAAAAGGUUGGCUUUAAAAAACAAUGCAAAAUCUAUGUUUUUUAAAUGGUCAGUGUUAUUGCUUUUCUAACUUGAAUGCAAUCUAAACUCGGUGUUUUUGUCAACUUGUUGAUGUAAUCAGAUGAGGCAGUAGUACUGGAAAAUUGACCAAGUUAUGAACUCCGUGACUGGGAAUGACAAGCUCAUCACACCACAACAUUAAGUCUUUACGCGCUGAACUUACAAACCAUGGUUGAACGCUGCCAUAUUUCAACAGUUUUAGAAACCAUACACACCCCAGUUUUGUAAAAUGAUACUGGCAUCCCCUAAAACCAAAUCACUUCAGAGUGUCAAAUAGCAAAAUGAUGUGUAAUUGUAGAUUGAUUUUUCAGGAAUAAGAUAUGCAUGCAGAAAAAUGUUUAGAUAAAAAAGUGAUAUGAGGGCCAAAAAGUAGUGACCCGACAAAUGAUUCAAACUAAUCUUUCCCUCUGCAUCUGAUGAGUUUUUCUGAAUGUCGUCUGUUUUUGUUACAUAAUUUUCCUGUCAUCAAAGAAGCAUAGCACAACACGCACAGCAAAAUAAAAGAAAAUUCCAUUUGCAUUCCUGAUAUGCACAUAUGUGAUUUUUGAAAAUGUCUGAUUUUUUAACAUAUUUUUCAUGUGUUGUCAGUCUGACUGUGCUGACCUUUUGAGAAUGGUGUAUAUGUAUUAACAUAUAUAUAUAUGUGCAUAUGUGAGGCCUCGUGGUGAAAUCAGGUGCCCGUAAAAAUAA